GCUGAUAUCUCUGGCGGUUUGCCGCAUGGAAGUCGCCCAGGCAAGGUAGAAUAUCAUCUGUCUGAUCCGGACUCCUUCUCUCCAGUUGCCGACCACUGCACGAGCAGACACAACACCACACUCACAUGUACUGUGAUUCAACGGGAUAUAACGGCUUUUAUCCGCUGACGGACUGUCAGGAGAGUCUUAAACCCCUGCUUCAUUCCUGCAGUGGGGGAAAUAUUUCUUUCUCAGAUGUAACAACAAAAAAGACGUACGGCAUUGUCAAGUGCGCAAAAGCUGCAUCUUGAAACAAUACGCACUAAUUCUAUUCUAUUUCUUUAUUGUUUGUUCUAUUCGCUCCAUCCCCUGCACGGACAAACCGGGGACUGGAGGUGGGGGGGGGGACUUCCACGAUAUGGAGUCCUGAUUUUACCAAGCGAUGAAACUGAGAAAAUCCGUCGCCGUGGUGGAAUAUUAAUAACCUAAUCCUAACAAUAAUCCGGAGGAUGUUGCAGCAGAGUUUGGGACUCUAGAGAGCAUUCCAACUUUUCUUUGGUCUCCUUUUUUAAUCUCUUUCUCUCUCAUCUUCUUCUUCUGUGGGACUUCUAUUCUCGUGACUGAUUUGCAGCACUUCACUUCUAUAUCAUGGACCGGUCGACGUCUUUGGAUAUAGAGGCGCUCAAGAUGACCCAGGAGCAGUAUAUCCUCGCGGCGCAGCCCAACCCGCUCCACCAGCGGGGGGCGUCGGUGUGCGGCGCCCAGGUUUACCCAGCAGUGGGAAUCUACGGCUGGAGGAAAAGAUGCUUGUACUUCUUCAUCCUCCUCCUCCUCGUCACCAUGAUCGUCAACCUGGCGCUGACCAUAUGGAUCCUCAAAGUCAUGAACUUCACUCCGGAUGGAAUGGGGAAUCUGCAGGUGACCAAGGAAGGCGUCAGAUUGGAGGGAGUGUCCGAAUUCUUAUUGCCUCUAUAUGUCAAAGAGAUCCAGUCUCGCAGGGACAGUCCAUUGAUCCUGCAGUCAGACAGAAAUGUGACGGUCAAUGCUAGGAAUGAUCAGGGACAACUGACCGGUCAGCUAACCGUGGGUUCAGAAAUGGUAGAGGCUCAGUGUCAGAGGUUUGAGGUAAGGAGUACAGAUGGAGAGACAGUUCUGUUCUCUGCAGAUGAAGAGGAGAUCACCAUCGGCACCGAGAAGCUUAGAGUCACAGGGAAUGAAGGCGUGGUCUUCAGCCAUUCUGUCGAGACAUCACAUGUGAGGGCAGAACCGUUCCAGGAUCUAAAGCUGGAGUCGCCGACUCGGACCCUGACGCUGGAGGCCCCCAGAGGGGUGGAGGUUAAUGCUGGAGUGGGAGACUUUACGGCGUCCUGUAGGAAAGACCUCCUCUUGCAGUCCUCAGAAGGAGAGAUAUUUCUAGAUGCCAACACCAUCAGACUGGGCAACAUUCCCCUCGGCAGUGCUGUGGACCCCCUGGAGGGAGCACCAGCAGGUACCACCUACACCAAACAGACUGUGUACGAGCUUUGUGCCUGCGCUAACGGAAAGCUCUAUCUGUCCCCGGCUGAAAAAGGCUCUACCUGCCAAACCACUAGUAACUUUUGUCUCUGGAGCUGAAAGCGGGAGGUCGACAGACACCCAGAACAUAUGGACUAUUAGAGUUUGAAGCUAAUGCUAGCCAACUGACUGAAUCAACAUGGAUAAUGGCUUAGUAGGAAGCUAAUGCCAGCUAACAGACCGAAUCAACAUGGAUUGUAGCAUGGCGGGAAGUUCAUGUCUGUUAACCAAUUGAAUUACAUGGAUUACAACUUGGCAGAAAGCUAAUGCUUGCUAACAGACUAAAUGAACAUGGACUGUGGCUUAGUGUGAAGCUAGUGCCAGCUAAAAGACUGAAUCAACAUGGACUAGAGCUUGGUAAGAAGCUAUUGCCAGCUCACCAACCAAAUUAAUAUGGAUUGGUCAGUUGCUAAUGCUAGUCAAGAGGAUGGAUGACUUGGCAGGAAACAAAAGCCAAUGUUAGCUGGCGGGUAUGAUGCUACGAUGCUACUCAUGGACAACGAUGGACAGUCUCACUCUACGGCUAUCGUUGGCUGUCUUUGCCAUUGUUGAAAUGCUGCCAUGAUGGUUUCUGAAAGUCACAAGGAUUACAUUUGGGGGGUUUUUGAGAACACUAAACUCUCUUACAAUAAAAGGGAGUUGUGUGAUCACCGUAUGACCAAAACGUCCUGGAAAACAUGAUCCUGCUUUUGUUAGGAUAAACACAUAUGGUGAUGGACUGCAAACUUGCCAGCAGGGAAUGGACAAGGACUCAGUUGGCUAACAGACAUCAGUGUGGACUUUGGUGUAGCCCUGUGGGUAGCUAACAAAUAAAUCAGACAACGGUUUAGUCUAGUGGGAAGCUAAGGCUAGCUAACGGACCAAUCUACACCAGAAAGGCCUUCCCCCUCCUCCCCCUUUAGUCUUUCAACCCAAACGUUAACAUGUGACCCUUCUGCAUUAAUCUGCACCUGAUAGUGAAUAUGCUCUCCGACCCCACUUUUCAUAGGAUAACUAAUGCAAAUAAUUGUGCUUCAACCUUGCAUUCACCAGCCCCCCCCCCCCCCCCCCCCCCCCCCCCCCCCCCCCCCCCUAUCGUUUUAUAAUUGACUCACUCAUUGAUUCACAAUUAAUUUGAUUGGAUUUUAGUUCUCUUUUUUUAAAAGAUCAAAUAUUUUACUUGUUAUCUCUUUGAAUCCUGUUGUUUUCCCUUCAACAAUCCUUUAUCUUUCCAUAUGUUUCUGCUGCUCUCCUUUGUACUUCCUCCAUGCUGUAGUUAUUUUGUUUUGUCUAUGCACCGACACACACUGGACUGGCAAAGGAAAACUAAAUUCUGCCUAUCCACGCUCUUCAUCUGGUUAAAAAAAACAGAAAACAUUGUUCUAUCUGCUUUUGUUCACUGGACUGGUUAAAACAAAACAUUUUUACUAACCAUCAGUACCAGAUGCAGGGUUUCUUAGUCUGGAGUCAUUCUAUCUAGGCAUACAAUUGUUUCUUGUCAGAGACAAAAAGCAAAUGGAAUAAGAAAAAUAAGUCUUGGGUAGGUGUUUUUGCAGACCGACCAUUUUAUGGUACGGGGCUAAACCUCCAGUCAGGCACAGGCAGCAGUGGGGCCAUAUCUUUAUCCUGUUGUCCUUGUCUGUCAGACCUUUUUCCCUCGUUUUGCAUGACCUUUCUGCUCUUCUUCCCAAACCCUCUUCUUUCUCAGUCAUGUUGUUUCUGUCCCUUCUUCAGCUUCUCUUUACUGCAGUAUGUUUUCCUCUCAUUACUAAUCUAUUUUCACUCUCUAUCUUCUUACCUUGUUGUCGCUCACCGAAUAACAUGUCUUGAUGUUGUCUUCACAUCGUAUUUGUUCUUUAUUCACUCUUUAAUCUCUUUUGGCCAUACCAAACUCAAAUAUCAGGAAAAAUUUUACUUCACUCUCACACAAACGUUUUGCAUCCUUAAGCAAGAAAAGUCAAAAAGGUCCAAAAUAUUCUUUUGGGGGUUAUUUUUGAUAUUCAGUCUCAGAUUGGGGGAUCAGUGUGAAUGGCCUCGAGCUGGCUAACAUAACGUCCAACAUCUGCGCCGGCUGGAAAUCAGCAGGUUUGUGUGGCAGAAAUCCCCCUGGAAGAAAUUGUGGAUUGUAUGUGUAUGAAUUGAACUGGAAAAGUCCCUAAGGCAUACUUUUUUUUUUUUUAAACAAAGUGAUACACAGGUGCCUUUGCUGCUGUUGGUAAAAGCACAUCACAGUCUGAACGUUCACACUACCCUCAGUGGACCAUCUGCAAGUGUCUCUGGAAAACUAUAUAUUUAUCAAUCUACUUAUCUAUCUAUUUAGUUUUCUGUCAUUUUCCUCCCCUUUUCUUCUGGUUUUGUAAAACUCUCAGUAUAUCCAGCUGAAAAAAGAACAAUUGAAUCCUGGUUUAAAGUUUAAUUUUCUGAUGUGUUCCCUUAUGGUUUUAUUCUUGAUAAUAAAAAAAGCACAAAUUAUGCCAUGUAUAUAACAAUACCAAUAAAAUACAAAAUAAAAUAAUA